CCGAAUGGACAGGGUUCUGGAUAGAACCUAGAAGCCAGUGUUCAUUCUGGGGGAACUUGGUUGUAGUAGUAAUCAUAUUGGUGGGCGUUUUGGGGUACAUUAGGUUUACUCAAACACACGGCUGGACACUGGAUAUGAGUAGAGCCUAGAAUACAGUAGACAAUGUGAAUACUGAAAAAAUCUAAGCAUGCCCAAAGAGUAUGACAAGCAAAGAGAGUAGGACAAGAACAAAGACAACCCAAAACCUCCAGGGAGAUGUAGGGACAGAAACAAAGACAAUCCAAAACCUCCAGGGAGAGGUAGGGGCAGAAACAAAGACAACCCAAAACCUCCAGGGAGAGGGAGAGGUAGGGACAGAAACAAAGACAAUCCAAAACCUCCAGGGAGAGGGAGAGGUAGGGACAGAAACAAAGACAAUCCAAAACCUCCAGAGAGAGGGAGAGGUAGGGGCAGAAACAAAGACAAUCCAAAACCUCCAGGGAGAGAGAGAGGUAGGGACAGAAACAAAGACAAUCCAAAACCUCCAGGGAGAGGUAGGGACAGAAACAAAGACAAUCCAAAACCUCCAGGGAGAGGUAGGGACAGAAACAAAGACAAUCCAAAACCUCCAGGGAGAGGGGGAGGUAGGGACAGAAACAAAGACAAUCCAAAACCUCCAGGGAGAGGUAGGGACAGAAACAAAGACAAUCCAAAACCUCCAAGGAGAGAGAGAGAGAGGUAGGGACAGAAACAAAGACAAUCCAAAACCUCCAGGGAGAGAGAGAGGUAGGGACAGAAACAAAGACAAUCCAAAACCUCCAGGGAGAGGGAGAGGUAGGGACAGAAACAAAGACAAUCCAAAACCUUCAGAGAGAGGGAGAGGUAGGGACAGAAACAAAGACAAUCCAAAACCUUCAAGGAGAGAGAGAGGUAGGGACAGAAACAAAGACAAUCCAAAACCUCCAAGGAGAGAGAGAGGUAGGGACAGAAACAAAGACAAUCCAAAACCUCCAGGGAGAGGUAGGGGCAGAAACAAAGACAAUCCAAAACCUCCAGGGAGAGGUAGGGACAGAAACAAAGACAAUCCAAAACCUCCAGGGAGAGGUAGGGGCAGAAACAAAGACAAUCCAAAACCUCCAGGGAGAGGUAGGGACAGAAACAAAGACAAUCCAAAACCUCCAGGGAGAGGGAGAGGUAGGGACAGAAACAAAGACAAUCCAAAACCUUCAAGGAGAGAGAGAGGUAGGGACAGAAACAAAGACAAUCCAAAACCUCCAGGGAGAGAGAGAGGUAGGGACAGAAACAAAGACAAUCCAAAACCUCCAGGGAGAGGUAGGGACAGAAACAAAGACAACCCAAAACCUCUAGGGAGAGGGAGAGGUAGGGACAGAAACAAAGACAAUCCAAAACCUCCAAGGAGAGGUAGGGACAGAAACAAAGACAAUCCAAAACCUCCAGGGAGAGGUAGGGACAGAAACAAAGACAAUCCAAAACCUCCAAGGAGAGAGAGAGGUAGGGACAGAAACAAAGACAAUCCAAAACCUCCAGGGAGAGGGAGAGGUAGGGACAGAAACAAAGACAAUCCAAAACCUCCAGGGAGAGGGAGAGGUAGGGACAGAAACAAAGACAAUCCAAAACCUCCAGGGAGAGAGAGAGGUAGGGACAGAAACAAAGACAAUCCAAAACCUCCAGGGAGAGAGAGAGGUAGGGACAGAAACAAAGACAACCCAAAACCUCCAGGGAGAGGUAGGGACAGAAACAAAGACAACCCAAAACCUCCAGGGAGAGGGAGAGGUAGGGACAGAAACAAAGACAACACCACCAGACACCAGAAUAGAUUCAGGUCCUAAAAAUAGGACUGGGUGUAUUAAAACGCCAAUGUGUGGGAAAGGGAAAAAUACCAAUCUGGGGCUGGGUGAUGUCGAAGUGAAGUUUUUUUCUUCUCCAUCCUGCUUUUAACAGUGCUGUUUCUCUGCCAAAUCAAGAAGCACCGUACAUUUUGAUUCUGACCACUGGCACAUCCACCUACAGAUAUCUACAGUAGCUACCAAACUAACUGCAGCGCUGCAUUUCUGGAGCUAACCAGAUUUAACACGUGUGAAUUGUCCCGUUACUCCUGAGCAGGUGGUUAAUGGAUUAGCAUAAAUUGGGGUCUCGGUCAGAUAGCUCCCUCCAAACAGUGUUCUCUUCUCCCUGUUGGAAGGCACGAAGUCAGAAAUAAUGAUGACCUGCAGCUUUUAAGUAGCAUUAUGCAUAUCUCAAAUAAUUGCUCAACGAGGGAGAUCAGCAAGGGGUGUCUUGUGACCUAAAACUUGUUUUUGUUUGGGAUCAGUCAGUAAAGCAGAUGGUCUGACACACUCGCCUGCCCUCAGCAGGAGGUCAGAGAGAGCACUCUUAUCCCAUGACAUGAAAGGGCCGUUUUAAUGAUUCCUACUGCCUUUGUAAGGUACAAUAGGUUAUUGGCUACAGCUGCCAGGCUAGCAGCCCUUUCUCCCCCUACAUUACAUCAUGGUGGCUUCUUCUCAUGAAAGGUGAGAGUUUAGUGCUCUGUUUACAGAUACACAAACAGUGAAUGUGGAAAGUUCAUAUUCCCUGAAGAGUGGAUGUAAAUAUCCAUCAUAUGCCCUUUGCUUAUUUCCAGUUUCCAAACAUUUGAUUCCUCCCUGUAUCAGCAUGUGGUCCAUCAGCAUCCUAAACAAUCCUGUAAGUUCUUACAAAAGCUGCCUCACAGAGGUGCCAAAGUAAGUAUUCCCUUCCAUAGAAACGGCCCAGUUUGACCAUGCUGUUCUGUGAAUAUCGCUCUCUGAGGCUGGGAGAUGAUUGUCUUCCUCUACCUCUGUAAUUGAGAGAAGUAGAUCUCUCUGGAACAUAUCUCCUCUCCUGUGCCGGGUUAGUGCACACAGAUCCUCCUUGGUGCCAUCUGUCAACUCUCCCCUCCCGCCGCUCUCUCCUAUCAGCCUCCUGCUCUGUCCCCUGUGCACCUCUGUCCACUGGGCCAAGUGCUAAAUGUGCUGCCCGGUCCGUACUGUCCCCUCUCUUUUCACCCUCACCGCUGGGGAUCCUUAUCCGCUCCCUCCGUCCCCCUCCUCUCUUCCGUGUCUCCCCCUCGUCCCCCUCUCUCCCGUGUCGUCCCCCAUCAGAUUUGUCCCUUCUCCCUCACUGCUGCCGCGGUUGCAUUAGUGUCUAUGAUAGAAAAAGGGGUUUGAAUCAUGUCUGUGCUCAGUCGUGAAAAGAAUGAAUUUAGAAAAAGUUCCAAUACAAAGAAAAUCCAUAUGUACAGUAUCUUUUUGUAAUCCAAACAAACAUUUCUUUCCUAUUCAUUCACGUUCAGACAGAAAGCCUCCAUGAACGAGUACUACUUCACUGAAGAGACCAGAGUAGAAAAACCAUAUUCUUUGUGUUCUUCCUUCAGGAGUUCAACAAAGCGAACACAGACCAGCUCACUGCUACGUUUUUAAAGUCCUCAGUUCGUUUUUGGAGCCAGAGACCAAAAAUAGCCCUCAAAUUGCAGUCCAGAGCAAUUUUAGUACACAUUCCUUCCUUUGCCAUGUGUUCUGUGCAAUGUAGGGUGACUAGUUACAAACAGAUGUUAGAACAGGACAACAGCAGAAAUGGACCUGGAUGGGACUAAUUAUAUAAUGCGAGGGUGGCCAAGUGACCCUAGUUAAUUCACCCUGUAAACCGGCCUCACUUUCUCCUGUCCUCUCCUAUAAUGGUGAAGAGCAGAGCCUUUUAAAAAGGCUUAGUUAGUUUUGUUACUCACACCAUUUAGAACUAUUUGAACCAGGCCACCUCACGUUGUUAGGUGUUGCUAGUUUACCGUAUUAUUGGUCACUGUAGUCAUUUGUGGUCUAUACAUGUCUGGCUUUGUAGUCAUUUACAGUCAAGUGUGUAUAUUAUAUGGCUGGGUUUUAGACUGACAUGGUAAUUGAACACUUUCUAGGAACAAAACGUAGUCAACAUAUACUGCGUUCAGUAUUAACUCUCAUGGCGUCUGUGUAGGAUGGCAGUCAGUGUUGGAGGGAGCUAAUGCAGGAAGUUGGUGAAUGAACAGGCAUUGAGGAUGUUGUUUGCUCCUCUGCCUUCUGCCUUUUCCUCCCACAUUCAUUCAAGAGAUGUUCUUCUCUUUUGCAUUUGAAUGCUUGUUUUUCUCCCCUCAGCAUGUAAACACCCCUUCAGAUAUUCAAGUGCUCCUCUCUCAGCAUACAGAAUAUGUUUUGACCCCCCCUGGUUCGGAGGCUCGCGCUGUAGAAGGGAAUUGUAUAGGAUAAUCAAAUACCAGCAGGAGUUGAUUGGCUGAGUCUACUUCAUCUCAUACUUACAGGACUCCUGUUUUUUUAAAAUAUGGUGUCUGUUAUACCAGGUCUGUUUUACCAGGGUAGUGGGUCUGUUGUACCAGGGUAGCGGGUCUGUUGUACCAGGGUAGUGGGUCUGUUGUACCAGGGUAGUGGGUCUGUUUUACCAGGGUAGUGGGUCUGUUGUACCAGGGUAGCGGGUCUGUUGUACCAGGGUAG